AUGGCCUUCUUCGGCACUUCUAAAUCUGACGAAGAGGCAUUGAGAGCCGCUGCUCAACAGGGCGGGCUCCAGCAAAGUGAGUCUAACCCUUCUUUACAUCGUUCGGCCUCAUCAGCCUAUGAGACUGCUUCCGAAUUCACCAACGAUGAUAUACUGCAAGUCGACCCAGCAAGCAUCGCUGAUAACGAACACUUUGAUCGCUACUCCGAAGCCAUUGUGAAUGAUCAUGGCCCUUCCCACAACCACGACGAUAGACCUUCUACUGCUCAGGGCACGGCUGUGGAUGAUGACGAGGACAAUAUCAAGUCUUUCAGGGCUCCUAGCAACGAUAACGUUGACUACCUGAAUAUGACGGAAAACGAACUUAAUAGAAUUGCUACCACUUCUGACACUCUUUCGAAUUUGGAAAGAGAGGUUACAAGACAAGAGUCUCGCGAUGGUCUUGUAGACCCAAAAGACUUGGACUGGGAUAGCAGAGACGACAAGGCCAACCCUCAAAACUGGCCCUUGUGGAAGAAGUGGUUCAUCACCUUGUCUGUCGCUGUGGACUGUCUUUGUGUCUCUUUGGGCUCUUCGCUUUACGUUGAAGCCGUCCCUGAGUUGCAAGUUAAAAUGGGCAUCAGUCAAACUCUCGGUAUUGCCGGGUUGACUUUCUACUUGAUCGGUUUGGCCUUGGGUCCUGUCUUUGCCUCGCCAAUCUCUGAAGUCAUUGGUCGUCGUUGGAUCUACAUUGUCUCCUUGCCACUCUCCAUGCUUUUCACUAUGGGUGUUGGUUUGGCUAAGAACAUUAGAACUGUGCUUGUUUUGAGAUUCUUCGCUGGUUACUUUGGCUCUCCACCAAUGGCUAUUGCUGGUGGUACUGUCUCCGACUUGUGGGGUAACUCUCCUCCUCAAAUGUCCAUUGCUAUGGCUUUCUUUUGUGUUGCUGCCUUCUUGGGACCUGUUGUUGGUCCUAUCCUCGGUGGUUUCGCUGCCGAGCACAAGAACUGGCAGUGGACUCAGUGGGUCUCCUUGAUGUUCUCCGGUGCUGUUCUUCCUCUCCUUUGUCUCUGUCCUGAGACUUUCAAGCCUGCUAUUUUGAAGAAGAGAGCAAUCGCCAGAGGCAUUAAGUUGGAGAAGCCAAAGCUUACCUGGCCAUUGGUCAAGACUAUGUUGACUGUCUUCCUCUUUAGACCAGCAGAGAUGUUGGUCGUUGAGCCUAUCGUUUGUUUGACAUCAUUCUACAUUGCUUUCGUUUUCGCUGUGUUGUUUGGUUUCUUCGAAGCUUUCCCAAUCAUCUUCAGAGGUAUUUACGGCAUGGGUAUUGGUGUUUCCGGCUUGCCAUUUAUUGGUGUCGGUGUCGGUUUGAUUACUGGUGUGGCUUGCUACAUUGCUUUGGACCACAUCAAGUUUUUCCCAAAGAACCCUGAUGGAACUAGAGGUAACUUUGACGAGGACGGUAACCCAAUUUGGGAUGCUCCAGAAAGUAGAUUGCUUGUGGCAGAAGUUGGCUCCAUUUUCUUGCCAGUUGCUUUGUUCUGGUUGGCUUGGACUGCUAGAGAGUCUAUUCAUUGGAUUGUUCCUACAUUGGCCGGUAUUCCAUUCGGUUUUGGUUUGAUUUGGGUUUUCUUUGGUAUUGUUCUCUACUACUCCAUGGCUUACCCACCUCAGUAUGUUGCUUCUGCUUUGGCCGCAAACAACUUGUUACGUUAUAUCUUGGCCUCCGUUUUCCCAUUGUUUGUUUUCCAGAUGUACGAAAGGUUACAUGUGGAUUGGGCUACAUCUACCUUCGCUUUCAUUGCCGUGGCUAUGGUUCCAAUUCCAUUUGCCUUCCACAAGUUCGGACCUACCAUUAGACAGAGAUCUAAGUAUGGUUACGCUGCUUACUUCAAGAGACUUGCAGCUGAGAAGAAGGCAAGAGAGGAGGAAAAGGCAGCCAAACAAGGCCAGGAAAAGUUCGUUCCUUCUAACGACAUUUCUUCUGAUAGUGAAGACAACCAGAAGGGCGGAUCCCCAUAUGACCAGUCUUCAAGAACUGAGAAUGACGCUGAGAAGCGUGUCGCCGAAGCUGUAUGA